GAGCCGGUGAAGGGAGGGUAUCUUGGAAGUACCUCGAAGCUUGGCUUUUGUGCCGCCGCCGCGACCACCACACCACCUGCCUGCUCCCCCUUAAUUCUUUUGUCGUUUUCAUCUUAGAGCUGCGGGCGAAGGAGGAUUUGCGGCAACCAACAUGUUGGACCCGUCGUCCAGCGAGGAAGAAUCGGAUGAGAUCGUGGAAGAGGAGAGCAGCAAGGAGGUGCUGGCCCCGGCUGCCUCGGGGGCACGGCUCUCACCCAGCCGGACCAGCGAAAGCUCGGGGGGCGGGGGCGGUGGGGGGCUGCAGCCCAGCAGCCGGAGUGGGAGCAGUGUCCGGCCUUCCAGCCCGAGCCCUUCGGUGGUGAGCGAGAAGGAGAAGGAAGAGCUGGAGAGGCUGCAGAAGGAGGAAGAGGAGAGGAAGAAGAAGCUGCAGCUCUACGUCUUCGUAAUGAGGUGCAUCGCCUACCCCUUCAAUGCUAAGCAGCCCACUGACAUGGCCCGGAGGCAGCAGAAGAUAAGCAAACAGCAGCUCCAGACUGUCAAGGAUCGUUUUCAAGCCUUCCUCAAUGGAGAGACUCAAAUUGUCGCCGAUGAAGCUUUCAUGAAUGCAGUCCAGAGUUACUAUGAUGUGUUUCUGAAGAGCGAUCGAGUUGCCAGAAUGGUGCAGAGUGGGGGAUUCUCAGCUAAUGACUCCCGGGAAGUCUUCAAGAAACACAUUGAAAAAAGAGUCCGUAGCCUCCCUGAGAUCGAUGGUCUCAGCAAGGAGACUGUCCUGAGUUCCUGGAUGGCAAAAUUUGAUGCAAUAUAUCGCGGUGAAGAGGAUCCCCGCAAAGCACAGGCCAGAAUGACAGCAAGUGCCGCUUCAGAGCUCAUUCUCAGCAAAGAGCAGCUGUAUGAGAUGUUCCAGAAUAUCUUGGGAAUCAAGAAAUUUGAGCAUCAGCUUCUGUACAAUGCGUGUCAGCUGGAUAAUCCAGAUGAACAAGCAGCGCAAAUCAGACGGGAAUUAGAUGGGCGUCUUCAAAUGGCAGAUCAGAUUGCCAAGGAACGCAAAUUUCCUAAAUUUGUAUCCAAAGAAAUGGAAAACAUGUACAUUGAAGAACUGAAGUCCUCUGUCAAUUUGCUGAUGGCUAACUUAGAGAGCAUGCCAGUGUCCAAAGGUGGCUCCGAGUUCAAGCUACAAAAGCUGAAACGCAGUCAUAACACCUCCAUCAUUGAUAUGGGAGAAGAAAAUGAAAACCAGCUCUCAAAAUCAGAUGUUGUACUAUCUUUUUCCUUGGAGGUUGUUAUUAUGGAAGUGCAAGGUCUCAAGUCCUUAGCACCAAACCGCAUUGUAUACUGCACAAUGGAAGUGGAGGGGGGUGAAAAGCUGCAGACCGAUCAGGCUGAGGCAUCAAAACCAACCUGGGGGACUCAGGGUGACUUUUCCACAACACACGCCCUUCCAGCAGUGAAGGUGAAGCUGUUUACUGAAAGUACCGGAGUGCUGGCAUUAGAAGACAAAGAACUUGGGCGGGUGGUUCUUCAUCCGACACCAAACAGUCCAAAACAAUCUGAGUGGCACAAAAUGGCUGUUUCCAAAAACUGCCCUGAUCAAGAUCUGAAAAUUAAACUUGCAGUCCGAAUGGAUAAACCUCAAAACAUGAAGCAUUCUGGGUAUUUGUGGGCCAUUGGCAAAAAUGUCUGGAAGAGAUGGAAGAAAAGGUUCUUUGUGCUAGUCCAGGUUAGCCAAUAUACGUUUGCUAUGUGCAGUUACCGAGAGAAAAAAGCUGAGCCUCAAGAGCUGCUGCAGCUUGAUGGAUACACAGUGGACUACACGGACCCACAGCCAGGUUUGGAGGGUGGCAGAGCAUUUUUCAAUGCAGUGAAAGAAGGAGACACUGUGAUUUUUGCAAGCGAUGAUGAGCAGGAUCGUAUCCUGUGGGUCCAAGCCAUGUACCGAGCUACCGGACAGUCCCACAAACCUGUGCCGCCUACUCAAGUCCAAAAGCUUAAUGCUAAAGGAGGAAACGUACCUCAACUAGAUGCCCCCAUCUCUCAAUUUUAUGCAGAUAGAGCUCAAAAGCAUGGCAUGGAUGAAUUUAUCUCUUCCAAUCCCUGUAACUUUGACCACGCUGCACUCUUUGAGAUGCUUCAACGCCUCACUUUGGACCACAGACUUAAUGAUUCCUAUUCUUGUCUGGGCUGGUUCAGUCCUGGACAGGUAUUUGUGCUCGAUGAGUAUUGCGCCCGUAAUGGAGUCAGAGGCUGUCACAGGCAUCUCUGCUACCUCAGUGAUUUGCUUGAACGAGCAGAGAAUGGAGCAAUGAUUGACCCCACCUUACUUCAUUACAGUUUUGCCUUUUGUGCUUCACAUGUUCAUGGCAACAGUCAAAAAAUGGAAGAGAUUCUUGGUGGCUUACUGCCAAUUGCAAACAAUCCCCCAGCUACUGAAGUAGAGCCAAAAAAGGAUUCCAAAAAGGAGUCCAAAAAGAGGAAAGAUAGUAAAGCCCAGCCACCUCCUGAGCCCAAAAGGCCUGAUGGAAUAGGAACUGUAACAGUAGAAGAGAAAGAACGGUUUGAAGAAAUCAAAGAGAGGCUGCGAUUGUUACUAGAAAACCAGAUCACACAUUUCAGGUAUUGCUUCCCAUUUGGCCGACCAGAAGGCGCAUUAAAAGCUACACUAUCGCUCUUGGAAAGGGUUUUGAUGAAAGACAUAGUUACUCCAGUCCCCCAAGAGGAGGUAAAAGCCGUCAUCCGUAAAUGCUUAGAACAAGCUGCAUUGAUUAACUAUACUCGACUAUCAGAGUAUGCCAAAAUUGAAGGGAAAAAGAGAGAAAUGUAUGAGCAUCCUGUCUUCUGCUUGGCCUCUCAAGUGAUGGAUUUAACCAUUCAGAAUCAAAAGGAUGCAGCUCGAUCGUCAGUGCCCAAGCCCCCAGCUGGGCCCACUCCAUCCACUCAAAUGCAGACUAAAAUGAUAAAUGAGAUGUUGAAAGGCAAACCUAAGCAAACGCCAAAAAAUGUAGGUCGGUUAGUCACACCUGCCAAAAAGCUAGAAGAUACAAUUCGCCUAGCAGAAUUGGUAAUUGAAGUUCUACAGCAGAAUGAAGAACAUCAUGCAGAGGCCUUUGCUUGGUGGUCAGACUUAAUGGUUGAACAUGCGGAAACUUUCCUUUCUUUGUUUGCGGUGGAUAUGGAUGCCGCACUAGAAGUCCAGCCCCCAGAUACCUGGGACAGCUUUCCACUAUUUCAACUUCUCAAUGAUUCCCUCCGUAAUGACUAUAAUUUAUGCAAUGGAAAAUUCCACAAACAUCUUCAAGACCUGUUUGCUCCGCUUGUUGUUAGAUAUGUGGAUCUCAUGGAAUCCUCAAUUGCACAAUCAAUUCACAGGGGCUUUGAGCGGGAGUCAUGGGAGCCAGUAAAGAGUUUAACAAGUAAUCUGCCCAAUGUGAAUCUACCAAAUGUGAACCUCCCUAAAGUUCCAAAUCUGCCAGUAAACAUCCCACUAGGCAUUCCCCAAAUGCCUACCUUUUCUGCACCGUCAUGGAUGGCUGCUAUCUAUGAUGCUGACAAUGGAUCAGGAACAUCAGAAGAUCUGUUUUGGAAACUUGAUGCCUUACAGACCUUCAUCAGGGAUUUACACUGGCCCGAGGAAGAAUUUGGGAAACACCUAGAGCAACGCUUAAAACUUAUGGCUAGUGAUAUGAUUGAGUCCUGUGUGAAAAGAACCAGGAUUGCGUUUGAAGUAAAGCUGCAAAAAACAAGCCGGUCAACAGAUUUCAGAGUCCCUCAGUCAAUAUGCACCAUGUUUAAUGUUAUGGUUGAUGCCAAAGCUCAGUCGACAAAACUUUGCAGUAUGGAAAUGGGCCAAGAGUUUGCUAAAGAGUGGCACCAGUAUCAUUCAAAAAUAGAUGAACUAAUUGAAGAAACGGUCAAAGAAAUGAUAACACUUCUAGUAGCAAAGUUUGUCACCAUUUUGGAAGGAGUGUUAGCCAAACUAUCCAGAUAUGAUGAAGGGACAUUGUUUUCUUCUUUCCUGUCAUUUACUGUGAAGGCAGCUUCCAAAUACGUGGACGUGCCCAAACCAGGGAUGGAUGUUGCUGACGCCUAUGUGACCUUCGUUCGCCAUUCUCAGGACAUCCUGCGUGAUAAGGUCAAUGAGGAGAUGUAUAUAGAAAGGUUAUUUGAUCAAUGGUACACCAGCUCCAUGAAUAUUGUUUGCACCUGGCUGACAGAUCGCAUGGACCUUCAGCUUCACAUCUAUCAACUAAAAACCCUUAUUAGGAUAGUAAAGAAAGCAUACAGAGAUUUUCGAUUGCAAGGAGUUCUGGAUUCCACCCUGAACAGCAAAACAUAUGAAACAGUGCGAAACCGACUGACUGUAGAAGAAGCCACGGCCUCAGUAAGUGAAGGAGGAGGGCUUCAAGGGAUCACCAUGAAAGACAGCGAUGAAGAAGAUGAAGAGGAUGAUUAGCCCCCUCCCCACCCAACUUGGAUGUAGCCUGGAAACCAGUGCAUGUAUCUAGUCUGUUAUUCAGUUAGCCACAUUAGGAAAUUUUCUGUCAGCUCUAAAUGCCCAUGGAAAGUCUACCAAUACAAUUGCCAUUUUAGCUGUGUUGUACUUAAGAUUUAGCACCUCUGUUUCGAUUCACUGAGUUUCCUAAUUUCAUAUCUAUAUGUUCAUAAGCAAUAUGGAGCACCAUUGUUUAAAAACUGUUAACAGAAAAAAAAUCUGCAUAGAAAACAUGCUAGGUGUGUCCCUGUUAUAAUUAAAGUAUAAAUGAUGCUUCAUUAAUGUACUGUAUAUACAUUGAUGGUAAAUUGUUGUGAAGACAAGUGAAACAAGUACUUUCAUAUCUUUGUUUCUCUCCUGUGGAUGCCAACUGCUUCAAAAACAGAACGAGGUAGCUACAAAUGACCUUUUUUAAAAUAUAUUUUGGGGACAAACAAGAAAUCAGAAGUCAGAAUUAUUCCUACUGAAUAUACCCCUAAUCACCUUCCCUCCAAUAUAUACGGCUAACUUUGUAGAAGUGACAUACCAUAAUAGUCAAUCGUCUUGCCACAGCAGGUUGACUCUGAUCACCUUGUCCACGUUAUGAUCCAGAGCAGUUGUUGUAUGUCAACAUCUCUCCCAGUAUCUUAGUGUUACACUUUUUUUGUUCUGAGUUCCGAUAACUGUGUUUGUAAAAAGGACAACUUUAAUUACAAUCUUAGACUAUACAGAUGUGUUUAUAAUAAUGCGAUAACAACAACAAUAAUAACAAUGAUAUCUGAAGAUUUCUUUGGGUAGAUUGUAACCAUAAUUUAAAUUUCCUUUUGUUUUCACAAUGGUUUUUAUAUCUUGUCAUGUACAUUGCAUUUGGACCAGUAACUUGCAUGCCCUUGGGUUCCCCUCAUCCCCUUCCAGAGGCUUUUCUUUUCUGUGUAAAAUAGUGGAUCCAUCUUGCUUUUUUGCCUUAUACAAGCCGACAGUUGUAACAGUGUGAGAACUGUGGCUUCUCAAUAAAUAACUAUUCAGAUGUCCUAAGAAUAAACGCUGGAGUCUUUUUAUGUCUGCCUUAGAAAGAGAAAAACAAAAACAAAAUAAGAGCAAACUUUGGAAAAAAAAACCCUGUAAGAGUCCCCCCACCUUCUAGAAUAAAGGAAUUUUCUUUUCA